AUGUCCUGUUACCCACGUGAUGUCCCUCAUCUCACGUGGCCCCGAGGUCCCGUAGUUCACGUGACGCCUUCAAGCUCCGCCCGCCCUGUUUCGUCACUGGUAUUUCUCGAUCCACCACCGUGCAGGUUAGUCCUCCUCCCACCCAAGACUAGAGCCACCGCCCCAACACCGAUACCCCUCCCCAUGCCGCUGGACGACCUUCUCCCCCGCAUCCCCCUGGUGCUUUCGUAUCCCACGGUGCUGUUGUCCAGCAACCUGAUCGUCUGCGCCGGCGCGGGCCGCGACAGCACGGGCGGCGCGCUGCUGGAGCCCCUUCUGCGAAACGUGGCCGCCCCCCUGCUGUGUGCGAGCGCCGUUGCCAGCGCCGGAGACUACUUCGGGGUCCUCGAGCGCCCGAGCGCCGCCCUCGGCCUGGCUUUCGUGAGCUUCUCGCUCAACUCGCUGCUGGGCCACAUCCAGACCUCGGUCCUCUCGGCCCUGCUUCUCCAGCUCCUGGCCGGCUUCGCAUCCCUCAACUGGCACUACGCCGUGCUCCCGGCACUGAGCUUCGCCAUGGACUACGCCCAGGGCCACGGCUACUACAAGACGGCCGCCAGUUACCUGGCCAUCGUGCUGACGCUGUACCUCAAGCUGGGCAGGCCCGGCGGUCGCGGCCUCUCGCUCGGCAAGCGGCUGCGGCCGCUGCACCUCGCAAUCCUCUCGAUCGUCAUCGCUGCCCUGCUGAACCUGGCCUUCGCGGACCCCUUUGGAUACACGCCCGUCUUCCGCCAGUCGGGCCUGGACCUGCAGUACGCCAUGAUCUUUGUGUUUCUCGGGUGCCUCUUUCUGAUGUUUGUCAGCUGGAAAGAGCUCUGCAGCGACCAGUCCCAGCAAAACGCCCUAACACUCGGACGGUCGCAUUAUAUUCCGCCUGCUCUGGGGCUCACGGCUAUGCUCCUGCAGUACCUGGCCUUCAACCACCUGUCCAGCUCCAUCUCUAGCGACGUUCUCAUGCUUCUGUUUGUUGCCUCUAGCGGCGUCGUUUCCAAGAUCAACGCCGUCGCGCUCCCGGACGUCGACCACCAUGCCCACAACGAGGACGAGUGCGUCCACAAGUGCAAGCUGGAGCAUUCCCACGAAAACUCCCAUGAGCACUCCCAUGAGCACUCCCAUGAGCACUCCCAUGAGCACUCCCACGACCACUCGCAUGCACACACCCACUCCCAUUCGACACAAAGCGCGCACGGCGACGGCGAACUCAAGCAGGGCCUCUUCGCCCAGCUGGCCACUAACAAAGAGACAAGGUCUAUCUUCUCUUUUCUGCUCCUGAACACUGCGUUCAUGUUUGUCCAGCUGCUCUACUCUUUCCGCUCGAAGUCACUGGGCCUGUUAUCGGAUUCGCUGCACAUGGCGCUAGACUGCAUGUCCCUUCUACUGGGACUAGUGGCAGGUGUGCUUUCAAAGAACCCCGCGAAUGACACAUUCCCAUUUGCCCUAGGCUAUCUCGAGACGCUCGCAGGGUUCACAAACGGUGUUCUGUUGAUCGGUAUUGUUUCCGGGAUCCUUGUUGAAGCAGUUGACAGGGUUUUCAAUCCGACCGUCCUGCUGGAAACAAACGAACUUUUAGUUGUUUCAUUUCUGGGCUUGGUUGUGAACUUACUGGGCCUCUUCGCGUUUGAUCAUGGUGGACACUCACACGACGGCGGCAAUGAGAACAUGAGAGGCAUCUUCUUGCAUAUAAUGGCAGACACGCUCGGUUCUGUCGGGGUCGUGAUUUCUACGCUUUUGACUAAAAUGUUCAACUUGCAAAUCUUUGACCCAAUAGCCUCGAUUUUCAUUGCUCUUCUGAUCUUAAUGAGCUCAAUUCCGUUGAUUAAAUCAACCACUUCGAGCAUCUUGCUCCGUUUGAGCGAUAAGGAAAAUAACGCUUUGAAGAGCGCCUUGAAUCAAAUCUCCAUGACUCCAGGUAUCACGGGCUAUACAACGCCAUGUUUCUGGCCACCAUCUUCCUCGCGUGCUCAUGGAGGCCACUCUCAUUCACACGGGCACUCGCACUCGCACUGUGACGAAGACGCCCAAUCAGAGAAGGACAGCAAGAAGAGUCUCAUUGGCUAUAUUCAUAUUCAGUAUAUGGAGGGUGAAAACUCUACCAUCAUAAAAAAGAGAGCUGAAAAGAUCAUGGAAGGUGCGGGGAUCAAGGCUUGGAUCCAAGUGGAGCCCAAGGACUCAGCAUGCUGGUGUCGCACGUCAUCCAUGGCGGGCAUGACUGCGGUAUCCAAUAUCAAGUGA